AUUGGUGCUGAGCGCCUGCGCGAUGCGGAGGAGGGAAGACGGCGGCCUGACGGGGUCGGAUGGCGCCUGCGUACUGAAGCGAGACAUUCGGCUGGCUGGCUCCGGCGGCUCCUGGGCCUUGGCGGUAGCAGCAGCGGUGGCGGCUCCGGCAGCCGCGGCGGGCGGCGGCGGCGGCGGCGGUGGCGGUUGUUCCUCGUACCCGCCCUCGUCCGCCGGGGGAAGUGGCGGCGUCUCGGUCGGCGGCGUCGGCGGGACGGUCGCGGGCGAGCGGGGGAAGAUGGCGGAGCUGGGGAAGAAGUACUGUGUGUACUGCCUGGCCGAGGUGAGCCCGCUGCGCUUCCGCUGCACCGAGUGCCAGGACAUCGAGCUGUGCCCCGAGUGCUUCUCCGCCGGAGCCGAGAUCGGCCACCACCGACGCUGGCACGGCUAUCAGCUGGUGGACGGCGGCCGCUUCACGCUGUGGGGGCCCGAGGCCGAGGGCGGCUGGACCAGCCGGGAGGAGCAGCUCCUGCUCGAUGCCAUCGAGCAGUUCGGCUUCGGCAACUGGGAAGACAUGGCUGCUCAUGUUGGGGCUUCUCGGACACCUCAAGAAGUAAUGGAACACUAUGUAAGCAUGUACAUCCAUGGAAACCUUGGAAAAGCCUGUAUCCCUGACACCAUCCCUAAUAGGGUGACAGAUCAUACAUGCCCCAGUGGAGGACCCUUGUCUCCCAGUCUGACAACACCUCUGCCUCCUUUAGAUAUAACUGUUGCUGAACAGCAGCAAUUAGGGUACAUGCCUCUUCGGGAUGACUAUGAGAUUGAAUAUGACCAAGAUGCUGAGACUUUGAUUAGUGGACUCUCAGUAAACUAUGAUGAUGAUGAUGUGGAAAUAGAGCUUAAGAGAGCCCAUGUGGACAUGUAUGUAAGAAAACUGAAGGAGAGACAAAGACGAAAGAAUAUUGCCAGAGACUAUAACUUAGUGCCUGCCUUUCUAGGGAAAGAUAAAAAAGAUAAGGAGAAGUCCAUGAAACGUAAAAUUACAAAAGAUGAGAAGGAAAUACGGGUAAAACUGAGACCUUUGUACCAGUUUAUGUCCUGUAAAGAAUUUGAUGACUUCUUUGAAAAUAUUCACAAAGAAAAAAUGCUCCGAACAAAAAUUCGAGAACUACAACGAUAUCGUCGAAAUGGAAUCACCAAAAUGGAAGAGUCGGCAGAAUAUGAAGCUGCCAGGCACAAACGGGAGAAAAGAAAAGAAAACAAGAACAUAGCCAACUCUAAAAGAGGAAAGGAAGAUGGGAAAGAUGGGGAGUUUGCUGCAAUUGAAAACCUCCCUGGCUUUGAGCUCUUGUCUGACAGGGAGAAGGUGCUUUGUAGUUCUUUAAAUCUGAGCCCAGCUCGAUAUCUGACUGUAAAAACAAUUAUCAUAAAAGACCACCUUCAGAAGCGACAGGGCAUACCAUCUAAGAGUCGCCUCCCUAGUUAUCUGGACAAAGUUCUCAAGAAAAGGAUUUUAAAUUUCCUCACAGAAAGUGGUUGGAUAUCUAGAGAUGCUUCCUGAAACAGGGACACUUCGAAUGCUGAAAUGAUAUCCAAAAGCUUGUCAGCCAAAAUGACUAGGGUUUGAAGGGAAGGGGGAAAGGGAGUUGUUAGUUUUUUCCAAUGUUGCUCUAUUUAAUAUGAUUGAGGAUUUCCUUUUUAAAGUGCAAACUCUCUUCGUGAUUCUCUGAAAGAAGCAAUUGUAGCAAUCUUCUAGUGGAUCAUGAGGGAAAAUAGAUUUUCACUUCUUAGGUAGUGUUAAAGGUAAAUACUUGGAAAUGAUCAUAUUGCCCUUGAGUAUUUUUUAGGCAGGAUUCUGAUUUUGGCAUAUUAUGAGAUUGGAUGAUUUCCCAGGUUCUCCUGACAUAUUUGCCUAUGGGGAAAAAAGAGAGACUAUGGAUAAAAGUAAUUUUUUUUUCUUUUGGCCCUGAUACUUUAGUUCUUAAAGGCAGGGAUUGUUUUCAGGAUGUGCUCUCGUGUUGCUCCUUCCAUUUUGGCUUCUCAGUGCUGCCGGCCAUCUGAAGUCCUUGCUCCAUGUUAGCACUGGCACAAAGCACUUUAAAAAAGGAGCAGUUUGGUAUAUGUUCACUGCCAGCAUCCUGAACUGAUGGGGUAUUAGAUAGGAAAUAGACUGCCUGAGAUGCGAGUGGCCCAGGGAUGGUGAGAUCAUAGAGCAGACAGGAAAGCAAAGCACACUAGUGCCUUGGAGACUAAGAAUUAGAUAGAAGGAAUAUAGUCAUUGACUGACUGUGGCAAACUGUGAAGUGUUUGUAGUUUAUCCUACAUCCCUAAGUUGUCUCUUAGGAGGUAUCUUUUCCUCCUUUGAACUGAGGUAUACAGAUCACAACUGAUUUGGAGAAGCAGGAAUUACUCUAGUAAACAGUGAUGCCUUCAGCCUCCUCCAUUGCUAUGGCCCCCAUCAGUACAUUUGGGGAUACCCCUGAAUGGUUAACCUGAAACAUAAAGUUGCAAAAGGAGUUCAGAUUAGACCCCAUAGCUUCCUUUUUUCUGCUACACCUCUAAAUUACCCUCCAUGAGAGUAUUUGCUUACUAUUUUGUUCCAAAUACUUACUGUCUCCUUGCAGCUAACUUGGGAGUGACUACCCUGAUCACAUUUCCAGUUCUUUUGCUUCUUUUAUUCCUCACGUACACAAUAUUUCACUGAAAAUAUGAUGGGAUCAGCCUGGCCAGAAGUAUUACACUGUAAUGUCAAUUUAUCAAGAUUCUAAGGGCUACAAAUUCUACAACUUUUACUUAUUAAAAAAAUCAUAAAAUUCUGAUCCAACAUGUUCAUAAAGCAGAUUCACAAAAGAUUUAACAGAGAGGAAGUUAAAUUGGGAUUGCUUUUUCAAAACUGUUGAAAUGGUUUAAUGUAAUAGACUCAUUAGAAGCUUCAUGGUAGUGGCCACACCGUUUAGUCUCUCAUUCCUUAUUCUUCAGUCAAAAUAAAAAAUAAAUGUCUUCUCUCUCCAACUACCCACUUGAGAAGUUUGGCUUUCUUGUGGACUUACUUUAGAAACUUGACUGUGGGCUAUCAAGUCUUUAGUUUUCUUUUCUUUAGUAUGCAGGACCCAUGUUUUAAAUCAUGGGAGUAAGUUUUGACUACUUCAUACUUGAAUGAAUCUGAUCCCUUCUUCACUGCCCAGUCCCCCCCUCCCCUUUCCAUAUAUACUGAAUUUUGUAGAAGGAAUAGAAGUGAGAUUGUUUAUGUACUGGUAUAUUAUUGGCUUGGGGUUUCAAGAGUAGAUUUGUUUGAAAGAAAAAAAAUCCUCAGCAUUUCUAAGGUAAGGUGAAUUAUCUAAUUAAGGUGCUUUAUCUUCUCCUUUUCAUGUAUAUUUCUUCUCUCUCCUCUCCUCCCCUGCAAAAAGUGAAUUUUCAACAUUAAAACAUUUUCAAAAUGUUAUUUAUGAUCUUAGUUGUGAAGUACAUUGUAUAUUGUUGGCAGAUAAGCUUUAAAUAUUAUUUAAGCUAAUGAUUUCUCCUUUGGCAAUAUAGAUGCUUUCUCUAAGCAAUAGUUAUGUAUUGGUGUGUAAAAGGAACAGCUCUGAGGACCACAUCCAUCAUUUGUCCUGCCGGCCAGAUGUGAAGAAGUACUGAAGCUGGUUGCUGUCCACUAUUGAGCACUGAAAAGGGGGAGAUGGUGCUAAGUUUUUACUAUUGUCUUAGCCAAUCUGGUGCCUUUAAUUCAUCCAUCCUGAGUUCUAACUGCAUCAGACACUGGCUUACUCAUGUGGCUUUAAAAUGAGUCCAAUUUUUAUAUUUAGGAUGACUACCAGACUUCUAGAAGUUUGAAAAGCAAUGGGUAUUCCGUGGGUAACCCAGGCAAGCAGCUGUCAAAUGAAAAACUUUAUGCUUCAGGUUUUUUCAUCUGUAUAUAUUUUUGAAAGCAUGAAGAAUUUAUAUAGGUUUGACUAUUGUUUUAAAACACCAUAAUGAAUGUAUAAUUAACAGUAUGUGAAAGUAUUAACACUUAGCUCAAAGGGAAGCUCUUUAGAUUGGUUGUUUCUUACCCCUUAACCCUCCCCAGCUGGUAGUGUCAUAUUUAUCCUUAACCUUGGCUGUUACUUCAGAUCCACUUAAACACAUAUGUUAAAUCAACUCAUGGUCAAAAUUACUUACCAGAAUGCCACUAAAGCUUGUUCUUCAAAACUGAAAGUUAUUUAUAAACACUUUAGUUACAUGAACCAAUAGUUUUACAGCUAAAGAAUGGUCUUGAAAUUUCCCCACAUAAUUUGCCAGUAUUUGGAAAGUACUAUUAAAUUUUUCUUUCCCCCUUUGGACAGUAUCUUCCCUAAGCUUUAAGCUUUUGAGUUUCGUUUUGUUUUUUUAAAUCACAUUCUUUUAUUAAAAACUUUUUUUCUGGAAACUGAAGCCAAGAUUACUACAUCACCUUAAAGGUGCUUCUUCCACACUCAGCUAUUAGACAUAGGCCCGUGUGAGAACUUGAAUGUAGGUGACAUUGUAGUCUAACCCUUGAUAAAAAAAUGAAGACAGGUUUUGUUUUUUUUUAAAUGUGAAAGAGCAUUUUUCAAGUUUAUCCCUUCCUCCUUUCUCUCCCCCAACCCCAGGCUUUCAGAUCUUCCAUUUUUCAGUUGCAUAUCCUUGGUUAGGCCUGAAGAAGGUACACACUCAAGUAAUUCAUGCACUGCUCCAAUCAAGAGGUAACAGUUCCAAACAGCAUUUCUUACACUUGUUUAAAUCUGAAAUGUUAGUGCCAAACUGAAACUUUUUCAGUCCUUCAGUAAAAUGUUUUCCGUUACUAGAAAACCUCUGGGUUGGGCUAGGUAUCUCUGUAGGUACAGUACAGAACUUCAGCCAGUGAAAGAACUGCUUCUCACUGAGCCAGUCGGCAGUAUUCCAAGAUGGCCAAUGAAGGCUUCACACAACAUAUUUGCGAUAAGGCUGUGUCAUGUUUUGAUUGUUAUUUUUCUGAAGUGUGCGAUGUUUUGGCAGUGUCCAUACUGUACAACUCAUCCAUGAUGAAAUUAUGCAAAAUCCAAAUAAUUGUUGUUGUGAAUAGAAAACAGUUGAAAAGGUCAUUGUUUAAUUUUUCAGU